AGGAGGAGAAUCCUGGUCUUUCCGCAGGGCUCGGGCUCGCCUGAGGACGCCGGGGGGUCAGGGCUUCCUGUCCUCCCCCGCCCCGGAGGCCCGGGGAUGGCGACGGCGGGGGCGGCUCAGGAGAAGCAGUUUCCCCCGGCGCUGCUGAGCUUCUUCAUUUACAAUCCCCGCUUCGGCCCCCGGGAAGGAGAGGAGGAAAAGAAGAUUCUGUUUUAUCAUCCAAAUGAAGUAGAAAAGAAUGAAAAAAUUAGAAAUGUUGGAUUAUGUGAGGCAAUUGUGCAGUUUACAAGGACCUUUAGUCCAUCAAAACCUGCAAAAUCCUUACACACACAGAAGAAUAGACAGUUCUUCAAUGAACCAGAAGAAAAUUUCUGGAUGGUCAUGGUUGUACGGAAUCCCAUGAUUGAAAAACACAGUAAAGAUGGAAAACCAGUUGUUGAAUAUCAAGAAGAAGAAUUACUGGACAAGGUGUACAGCUCUGUACUACAACAGUGCUAUAGCAUGUACAAGCUUUUUAAUGGUACAUUUUUGAAAGCCAUGGAAGACGGAGGUGUCAAAGUUCUAAAAGAAAGAUUAGAAAAAUUUUUUCAUCGGUAUUUGCAAACCCUGCAUUUACAGUCAUGUGACCUACUUGACAUUUUUGGUGGAAUCAGCUUUUUCCCAUUGGAUAAAAUGACUUACUUGAAAAUCCAGUCCUUUAUUAAUAAGAUGGAAGAAAGCUUGAAUAUAGUUAAAUACACUGCCUUUCUUUAUAAUGAUCAACUCAUCUGGAGUGGAUUAGAACAAGAUGACAUGAGAAUUUUAUACAAAUACCUCACUACUUCCCUAUUUCCAAGACACAUCGAGCCUGAGUUGGCAGGAAGGGAUUCACCAAUCCGAGCAGAAAUGCCAGGAAAUCUUCAACAUUAUGGAAGAUUUCUUACUGGGCCUUUGAACCUCAAUGAUCCAGAAGCAAAAUGCAGAUUUCCCAAAAUAUUUGUAAAUACAGAGGACAGUUACGAAGAGCUUCAUUUAAUUGUUUAUAAGGCCAUGAGUGCAGCAGUUUGUUUCAUGAUCGAUGCCUCUAUGCAGCCUUCUUUGGACUUUUGUCGAAGAUUGGACAGCAUCGUUGGACCUCAGCUCACAGUUUUAGCAUCUGACAUUUGUGAACAGUACAAUAUCAACAAAAGAAUAUCAGGGUCUGAAAAGGAGCCCCAAUUUAAGUUUAUCUACUUCAAUCAUAUGAAUUUAGCAGAGAAAAGUACAAUUCACAUGAGGAAAACGCCUAGCGUUUCACUUACAUCUGUUCAUCCUGACCUCAUGAAGAUUCUAGGUGAUAUCAACAGUGACUUUACAAGAAUGGAUGAGGAUGAGGAAAUCAUUGUGAAGGCAAUGAGUGACUAUUGGGUUGUUGGGAAAAAAUCAGAUCAGCGGGAACUCUAUGUUAUUUUGAAUCAAAAAAAUGCCAACCUGAUUGAGGUCAAUGAAGAAGUAAAGAAACUUUGUGCAACACAAUUCAACAACAUAUUCUUCUUGGAUUGACCAA